AAGGACAAAAGUCAUAGAAUCAGACCGGGGGAGGGAAGUGACAGUGUGAGAAACUGAAAAGGAAAAGGGAACAGAAAGCCAGGAGACAGAAUGAAAUUUGGUGCGGGGUCUGCCCGGGCAUGUCCACGCCAGGUGCCCGGGGCUUCCUUCUCGCGAUGGGUCCCGGGCCAUAUUCGUGGCCCCAGGGAGCGCCAUGGCCCGCGCACGCCAGGAGGGCAGCUCCCCGGAGCCCGUAGAGGGCCUGGCCCGCGACGGCCCGCGCCCCUUCCCGCUCGGCCGCCUGGUGCCCUCGGCAGUGUCCUGCGGCCUCUGCGAGCCCGGCCUGCCCGCUGCCCCCGCCGCCCCCGCCCUGCUACCCGCUGCCUACCUCUGCGCCCCCACCGCCCCGCCCGCCGUCACCGCCGCCCUGGGGGGCCCCCGCUGGCCUGGGGGUCCCCGCAGCCGGCCCCGAGGCCCACGCCCGGACGGUCCUCAGCCAUCACUCUCACUGGCAGAGCAGCACCUGGAGUCGCCCGUCCCCAGCGCCCCGGGGGCCCUGGCGGGCGGUCCCACCCAGGCGGCCCCGGGAGUCCGGGGGGAGGAGGAGCAGUGGGCCCGAGAGAUCGGGGCCCAGCUGCGGCGGAUGGCGGACGACCUCAACGCGCAGUACGAGCGGCGGAGACAAGAGGAGCAGCAGAGACACCGCCCCUCGCCCUGGAGGGUCCUGUACAAUCUCAUCAUGGGACUCCUGCCCUUACCCAGGGGCCACAGAGCCCCUGAGAUGGAGCCCAAUUAGGUGCCUGCACCCGCCCGGUGGACGUCGGAGACUUGGGGGGCAGGACCCUCCCACCUCCUGACACCCUGGCCAGCACGGGGGACUUUUUCUGCACCAUGUAGCAUACUGGACUACCAGCCCUGCCUGUCCCAGGGGCGGGCCGAGACAGCCACUCCAGCCCCAGCCCAGCCUGGGGUGCACUGACGGAGAUGUGGACUCCUGGGUCCCUGGCAAGAAGCCAGGGGAGGGAGGGCUGACGGAUUCAGCAUCUGAAGGCGGCGGUGACCGAGGGGGUGGGGACUGAGCCGCCCGCCUCUGCCGCCCACCACCAUCUCAGGAAAGGCUGCUGGUGCUGGCUGCCCGUUCCAGCUGCAGGGGUGACACUGGGGGGGGGUCUCCUCCCAGUGUUCCUUCACUUCGGGCCUGGCCGCAGGCCCCUGGUGCUUUGCCCCCUCCUCCUGGGGAGGGGGCCUGUGAAGAGCAAAUGAGCCAAACCUGACCACUAGCCUCCUGGAGACAGAAUGGGGUGCGUCUGACGGCUGCCCCAGCCCAGCGCCCAGCCAUCUUCCCUGAGCCAGCGGCGGGUGGUGGGCAUGCCUGCCUCACCUUCAUGGGGGGUGGCCAGGAGGGGCCCAGACUGUGAAUCCUGUGCUCUGCCCGUGACCACCCCCCGCCCCAUCAGUCCCAUUGCAUAGGUUUAGAGAGAGCACGUGUGACCACUGGCAUUCAUUUGGGGGGUGGGAGAUUUUGGCGGAAGCCGCCCCAGCCUUAGUCCCCAGGGCAAAGCGCUGGGGGGGAGACCGGGAGUCAGGGAGGGGGGAAUCUCGGAAGAGGGAGGAGUCUGGGAGCGGGGAGGGAUGGCCCAGCCUGUAAAAUACUGUAUAUGCGCUGCUGUAGAUACCGGAAUGAAUUUUCUGUACAUGUUUGGUUAAUUUUUUUUGUACAUGAUUUUUGUAUGUUUCCUUUUCAAUAAAAUCAGAUUGGAACAGUG